AUGAGCUCUUACGUAGCUAACCCCUUUCCCAAGCAAACCCACGAGGCGUCUGCCUACACCAUGCACAAUUAUGGCUAUGGACCUGUCUCUGAGCUCCAUGCAUCUGCUUAUUGUUACGGAGGGCUUGAUUUCAGCGGAUCCUGCACUUCCACAGCUUCUUCGAAUUCCCUCAAACGGGGGGAGAUGAGCACAAGUCUGCGUCAUAGUCCGGACACCCCACCGCCACGACUGCAGUCUUGUUCCCCGAGACGCUCCAUAAAUGAAAGCGGUAAUGGCACUCUAAAUAUUGGGCUGUACAGUCGAAAAGCCGAGGGCGACAACACGGAGAGAAGCGAAAUGCCCAUCAGCAAGACAAGAGCAGGCGAGAUCAAAGUUGGAGCUAUGCAACCCGUCCAACCAGUAAGACAUCCAAAUCAUUCGGUUCAGCCUCCGACCGACCGCCAACAGCCACAGAUAUAUCCCUGGAUGACAAAGCUACAUAUGAGUCACGAACCCGACGGCAAACGGUCACGGACCAGUUACACCCGCUACCAGACUCUGGAGCUGGAGAAAGAAUUCCAUUUCAACCGGUACCUCACCCGUCGCAGGCGUAUUGAGAUCGCCAAUAACCUUUGCCUGAAUGAAAGGCAAAUCAAAAUCUGGUUCCAGAAUCGGCGAAUGAAGUGGAAGAAGGAUUCAAAAGUCAAAGUAAAGGAGUCAAUAUAA